UAAAAAAUUAAAGUGAUAUUCUAUAUAUGACUUGGCAAAUAUAAGGUGAUGUUGUUUCACAUUAAGGAAUCACCACUUACGUGUAAAUUACUGAAAGUUAAAACGCAACCGCUUCCACAGUUUAGUUUAGUGCUCGUGUGACCGUUGAGCAAUUCAUAUCGCACCGUCUUUCGUAACGUCACUCACACAUUGAGUUAUAUCUAGUUCCAGUGACUGCACACAUUACUCGAACAUAUUUUCCUAAUAUGUUUGUACAUACGUUGUUUGUCUGUCAUCUUUAUUAAUGGUAAAAACUUAUCGAAUGUACGUGUAUAAAAUGAAAUUAUUUAUACGAAGUGUUUUGUAAUUGCCUUAUGAUUUAUCCAUGAAUUUUUUGUUAAUUUAAAGAGAAGAAAAGAAAAACUUUGACUACAAGGAACAACAUAUUUAUUAACGGAAUUGAGAAAGGCAGUGAAACUUCGAACCGUAUUUGACUUUACAAGUGAGUGACAGUGAGCUUCUUGUUAUGCGAUCUAUAAUCUCAUGUCGAAUGUAGGCAUGCUCAGCAUCGAGACGUAAGUCUAGAAAGAUAUUUGUGGAGGAGGAAUCUGGGUAUCGGGUGUGUAUGGGUGCCGUCUCAUCGUCGACGAUAUAAUUCGAUAGUCGUAAUCGAGCAGUUGAAUGUGCGACCGAGCGAAUUGGUGAUUGUAUCGAUACGAAAACAAACGACGAAAACGGCGACACUGGUGCAACGAUUUAAAACGUAAUGGUCAUCAAUGUCAUCGAUUCAUUAACCGAGGUCACAUUGAAUAUUCAGAAUGAUGGAGAUACGCGUACGAUAUUUGUUCGCUAUCAUGCUGUGCAUAGCGAACAUGAUCAUUUAUGGUCUGAAAGUAAAUAUCGCGACGGCUAUCAUCGGUAUGGUGAAAAAAAAGCCGGGUAUACCGGAUUGGUCAGAUGAGUGUCCGGAAUUUGAUGUUCCUGGAAAUACCAUCACCGAUAUCGACGGUCCAUUCGAUUGGACAGCAAGCGAGCAAGGUUUGGUUAUUAGUAUAUACUUUGCUGGAUAUCUUGUCGGCAUGUUUCCAUCGGGAUAUUUGGCGGAUCGGUUUGACACGAAGAUAGUAUUGUUAGUCUGUGUGCUGGCAAAUGGAAUCUUAACAAUAUUGGUGCCGAUCGCGGCAAAGGAGUUGUACGUACUAUACAUCGUAAGAUUUUUGACCGGUCUUGUGAGCGCAGCGAAUCUUCCUAUAGUAAAUGUUCUUCUGGGAACAUGGGUUGUGUACGAGGAGAAAAGCACAUGGGUCGGCAUUAUAUACGCUGGAACAUCGCUCGGCACCGUGAUAUCUAUUCUUACCUCGGGAUUGAUAUUACGUUACGUAGGCUGGGAGGCUAUCUUUUACAUCCACGGAACGACACCGUUAAUCUGGUGCAUCAUCUUUUAUAUAUUUUUCGCCGGUUGUCCGGAAAAACAGAAGUACAUAACGGAGCAUGAAAGAGCGUUCAUCGUGAACUCGUAUGGCCAUCGUCCACCUGGAUCCUCAAAGAUGAAGAUUCCAUGGAAAAGUAUAUUUACAUCGGUACCAUUUUUGGCUCUGAUCGCUACGAAUACUUUAGGCAACUUUUGUUGGUAUUUCUUGCUCACCCAACUGCCACUUUAUAUGAACAAGAUAUUACGAUAUGAUAUCACAUCGAAUGCCGCUAUUGUUUGCACACCGUAUCUCGUGAACGCCUUCACUAAUCCAUUAAUCGGACGAGUUUUAGAUUGGGGACGGAAAAAAGGAUUUUGGUCGCAAACAGUUGCACGUAAAAUUGCGGUGUUCAUAAGCACUAUCCCACCUAGCAUCUUUCUCGUUAUAAUCGCAUACAUUGGUUGUGCUCGUGUGACGUCGACUGUGCUGCUAACUUUGAGUAUAGUAGUCUGUGGUGCUAUAUUCGUCGGUCAUCUUUGUAAUCAGAACGAUCUGGCACCAAAUUAUGCAGGAAUUCUCAUGGGUAUUACAAAUACUCCGGGCACUAUUUCCGCCUUUAUCCUGCCACCGAUAGUUGGAGCUCUCGUAUCGGAAGGACAUACCAUAGCGCGAUGGAGAAUCGCAUUCUGGAUUACCAUCGUCGCCCAAGUUCUCGCUUUCGUGAUAUUUGUGAUCUUCGGAUCAGCCAAAAUUCAACCAUGGAAUUAUCCGGUGUCUGAAGUCGAAAACUGGGAUGUCGACGAAAGACAACCACAACAAGGGGAACGGCAACAAGAAACGAAGACUUAAAUUGAGACUACCUUUGUACAGUUCUUAUUAAAAAAUCAGAAGGAACAUUUUUUUUGUAGAAGAAUGUAUUCCGCCUGUUGCAUAAAUAAGAAAUGUUAUAUAGGUAAAUUAAAUAAGCACGAUAAU